AUGCAGUUACCUAGGGUCACCUACUGCAUACAACCCACUGCGCGGUCAAGGCUUAGGACACUUGACCAAAAGAGAGACGUGGACAUUAUCUUCAUGAAGCUUUUUCUUAGUCUGCUUUCUCUUUUCAGCGCCGUGCUGGCGUUACAAUGGUAUCCUCUAAACCAAAAGGGAGAGGUUCCCCAAAUUGAGCCGUAUGUGCGCGGCCAGGACGUUUUCAUUGACUGUAUAGCCCGCAACAUUGACACCGGAGAACACAAGUUUGAUUCCGGCGGACGGAUCGUCCAUACGUCUUUCCCGACAUGCAAGGAGACAGGAAAACCACUUGCGUUUCGCUACGGUGUUCUGGAAGACGUGAACUGCACUUUUGACCUUUCCGACGAGCUCUACCAUAUGUUCCAGUUGUACGUUCACGAGGAUGCUCCAUGGAGCUGUCGUAUCCCGCUCAGUUCGGCGGCACACUCAGUGGAGCAAGGCGGCGCGUAUAUCCCGCUCACGUUCAAUUUGCGUGGCGAGGUGCACGACUCACACAUGGACGUUGAUACCAGAAUGAACAUGAUUGUGGUGACGCCGCACAGCCGUGACCCGGCUCACCAGAGUGUGGUGAGUGCUGUUGCGUGGUCCUCGGGUACAAGAGCUAUCCGCACGGUCAUUGGUGAUCCUCUUACGUUGCAAGUGGCGGUGCGGUGGAUGGACAAUGUCCGGAAUUAUGGUGCAGUGGAGCAAGAAGGCUUGCCGUACGGCGAUGGCUACUACAAGCUUCCGUUCCACAGCGUGCCUGUGAGCUACACGCAGUAUUUUGCCACAUUGGCUAUGGUAGCCGUUGUGGCUGGUGUUGCAGUGUACGGAGCGACAUACAAGCUGCGGCGCAUGCCCAAUCUCCUUGAUAGCGAGGCUGGCUUCGCAAAGCAGGAUUAA